AUGCCCGGAGGCGUUUGUGCCGUCCUCGAUUAUGAGGUCGACAUGAUGGCUGAGUAUGUCGCCGAGAUGGCAACUCGCGUUGUUACUCCCGAGGCUAGCGUCACCUCUCCUUUCCGGAAGUUCGUGUCGCAGAUCCUCACCUCCACGAGACUGCCCAGUACGACUAUCCUUCUUGGAAUGAACUAUCUCGCCAAGAGAAUCAACUCCAUGAAGAGCCAGGGUCCGUACAAGGCCUCCGAGGGUCAAGUUUGGCGUUUCCUCACGGUUUCGCUCCUCCUCGGCAGCAAGUUCCUGGAUGACAACACCUUUCAGAACCGAUCUUGGUCUGAGGUUAGCGGCAUUCCCGUCUCUGAGCUGAACACUCUGGAGUAUGAUUGGCUUCAGGCCAUGAACUGGCGACUCUACGUCAACCUUGAUCACAGCAAGGACUACCAGGCCUGGCUUGACAACUGGCGUGAGUGGCAGCAGAUGAAGAAGCGACGCGCCGCCCAGGCGAGCCGAGAGCGUCUUGCUGCUUUGGUCCCCGCCAUCGAUACCGACUUGGCGAGGUACAACAGCAACCGUUGCUCUCCUCACUCGCGCUACAUCCAGGCUCAAAUUGCAGAGUAUGAGCGCUACCAGGCUAUGAAGGCUCAGCAACAGCAGCAGCAGCAGCACACCUACCGCUCUCGCGAAACCACUUGGUCCAACAACCCGUGGAAUGCGCCUCUCACUCCUCCGGAUUCUGGCUAUGGCACUCCCGAGUACGCCAUGUCGGCUGCCUCCAGCAACGCUCGCUACAAUGAGUGGUUCGCUCAGGCCGCUGCUCAGUACAGCAGCCGAUACCCCCAGCCUCCGGCUCACAAUACGUUUUACCCCAACCGUCAACCGUCGUAUGGAUCUCACUACCCGUACCACCACCACAGUGGUUGGGAACACGGUGUUGCUGAGUGCGGUUGCCCGGGAUGUGUCGAGCCCAUGAAGCAGACGCCUUACUUCAUGUCCCAUGGAUAUGGCCAACCUGUGAUGGGUUAA